AUGGCGAGCAACGGUCACACCAACGGCGUGUCCUAUUCGCCUCUCGUCGAGACGAGCCGAAUCUUCUCCGACCUUUGCGCACAGUCCGAGCGCUUGAACCUACCACCACAGGUACAGGCGAACAAAGAUCAUGUUUCUUUCUCUUCAAGCCAUAAUGAAAUCUACUUCCCCAUCCCUUUCAAGGAGACCGAGACGUUGGCGGCUUUGAAGGGUAUUGAGGGCUCUGUGGCUGCCGCAAUUGCGGAUCUGCGGUUCGGAUCGCAGCCGCGUGACGUUCAAGUGAGCCUCGAGGGUGCAACGGCAUUCGGAUGCCAGGCAUACAUGGCAAAAAUUGAUGGAUUGUCCAAGUUGGAUCCUAAUGUCAAGUCUAAGUUGAAGGAUACUGAUCUUUUGGCGGCCCAGUCGAACGGCUACCGUCGCAUGUCGGCUAAUCUGUAUAAGACCAAGAUUCCCGGUGAAUAUUACCAUAUCCACGGCUCUCUGGAAGCUACUACGACCCUCAACAUGAUUGGUCUCGAGGGCCAUCGUCCGGAUUUGACCGACUAUGAGGAAGUUAUCAAGGUCAUCGAGGAGAAGGUACAGAAGUAUACCGUUCCCGAGCUGGAGGCAAUGAACAAGGAGAGGCGGCAGGCUGGUGUUCCGGCACUCAAGUAUGAAGACUUUAUCAAGACUCCUCACGGAAAAUUGAACGUCCAAGAGCCUGCCUGGAAGGUAGACAAGCUUCCGGGUGAUCUUCCUCCCACUCCCUUCCCAGCUAGCCAAACUGGAAGCAAGAAGAUCCUCGAGGGUGUCAAAGUCCUCGAAAUGUGCCGCAUCAUUGCAGGCCCAACGGUUACGCGUAUUCUGGCCGAAUAUGGUGCCGACGUUCUGAAAAUCACUAGUCCCAAUCUAUCCGAUGUACCCUUCUUUCAAGUCGACGGUAACAUGGGCAAGCACGCAGCCGACCUUGAUUUGAAGACUGAGGCCGGACGGCAGGAAUUCGAGAAGCUCGUAGCCGAUGCCGAUGUCAUUGUUGAUGGAUACCGGCCCGGCGCUCUCGAGAAGCUGGGCUACGGUCCCCAGGCUAUGGCUGCUCUAGCUGAGAAGCGCGGAAAGGGCAUUGUCUAUGUGAACGAGAACUGCUUCGGUUACGAAGGCGAGUGGGCCGAACGAGCUGGCUGGCAGCAGAUUGCCGAUUGCGUUACUGGUGUCGCCUGGGCUCAAGGUCAAUUCAUGGGCCUCGACAACCCCGUUGUUCCUCCCUUCCCAAUCUCUGACUACGGCACGGGCUGUAUGGGCGCUAUCGCCGCUCUCUCUGGUCUCUACCAUCGCGCCAAGACCGGUGGUUCUUACCACGGCAAGGCCUCCCUGAUGCACUAUGAUCUUCUCCUCUUCGCCGUCGGCCAGUAUCCCGCCGAGGUACAGGAGAAGUUGCGCGCUGCCCAGCCAGCGGAUUUCUUCAAACUACGCCACUGUGAUAGCGUGGAUCGCAUUUCGUCCACUGUACUCAAGGGCAUGCAGACUCGUUUCCCACACUUGUAUAUGUCCUCCGGUGCUAGCUCGAAGGAGGGCCAGCAGGCGUUGACUGAGAGCUGGUUCUCCAAGGCGUACAACACGGAUAUCGAAGUUGUGCGUCCCGUUGCCGUUGUCUCGGGUGUUGAUAAUCAGUUCGUGAGGGCUAGUCGUCCUAAUGGAUCGGAUCGGGCCAGUUGGGAGGAUUUCAAGCAGGAUGGCGAGGGAGAUGUUAAGAAGUGUUAA